UGAAAGAACAGGACAAAUUCAAACAUAUUGCUCAUCGUUAUCAAAAGAUGUGUGAAGAAAUGAAACAAAAAGAUUUGUCAAUUGAAUUGCUGGAAGCAGAAUUAGACAGAGCUGAAACUACCCGUCAAGAUAUUCUUUUGAAACAUUCAUCCGAACGUGCGAUGAUGCAUACAGAGAUAUCUCAGCUGGCAAAAGUUGUUGAAUCUACUCUUGCUUCAGCUGCCCAAUUUACAAUAGAUAAAUUGUCCAUUGGAAAAGAUGUGUUUGAAAAAAUAGUUUCUACAUACGACAAUGAAGUACAUUCUGCAUCUGAACGUACUCCAGAAACCAUUUGUGAUUCCACUUCUAUAAAAAAUUCUGUAGAAAAUAUAAACCCUACUAAUGGUGAAUUGAGUGAUACUAAUUCAUCCAAUAAAGACAACUCCCCUAUCACUCCUAUUUCGUUCACGCCUAUAGGGAAGACGACUCCUUUCCGACGUGGGAAACAGCAAAGCAUUGGUAAUGAUAGUUCUCUGACAGAAUUUUGUAAUACUGAAGAACUACGGAAGGCUUCACUUAAAAAUGAGCUGAAUAAACUAACUCUGCUGAUCAGUAAAUGUGGAGCAGCAACACAGUUCAUUCAAAAGAAGUUUAUUUCAAAUGUUAAAUCACUGAAUGAAGAGAUAAAUCGCUAUGCUGAAGAACUGCGUUUGUUUAAAUUUAAACACUAUGAGCUGAAAGCAGAUUUUGACAUUCGGAAGCACAUUGUAGAAAAAAAAAGUAGUAAAAUUGCAGAACUUUCUGAGGAAUUGAGGAAGCAUAAGAAAAACCACGAAGAAGAAAAAGAAAAAUUGUUGCAGAAAAUCCACAAGUUGAAUGAAGAAGUUCGUUGCCUAGAUGCAAUUAAUGCAGAGCAGUCACGGCAGAUUUCGAAUGAAGUUAAACAGAUGAUUAAUGUUGUUGCCGAAUCCAAUGGUGAUUUUGAAUUUGCUCAAGCAUUGUCUGAUAGAUUAAGUUACAAACAAGAAGUUGCAAAAUUAAAGACACAGCUUACUGAAAAAGAACAGAUUUUACAGCAGUUGGCUCAGAAAUUUGAAAGGACUACUGCAUCGUUGGAAGAAAAUUGGCAUGAUGCAGAAAAAGAAGUUAACAUUCUCGAUGAAGUAAUUAAGGAAGCAUAUAUUAUUUUAAAAUGUAAUCCUGAAUUAGUUGAACAUAAUGAACCUUUAAAGAAGUUAUUCUCUUUGGUUUGUGGCAAGUGUUCAUUAUCUGACAUAGAUUCCCUUUUGAACUUAAAAGAAGAAGCACUUUGUACCUGACACUAUAUAAAAUUUGGACUAUAAAUUUGCGUUUCUUAAAUUUUAUUUUUUAUUUAAAUGAUGAUCAUAUAAUGAAUGUGAGACAUAAAUAUUUGUUGAUGUAUAUUUUGAUCUAAGUAAUUUAUGGACUGAUCUUAAUUUAUUCCAUUACAUGUACAAAUGUAUUUCA